GGCUGGGCUAAAGGCCGCGGGGGGAAGCGCUCUGGACCCAGCGGAACGUUGCCGAGGGAGCCUGCGGGCCGCUCGACGUGCUGCAGACUUAGGAGAUGCCUGAGACAAGGAGACCAGUUUCUCAGGGCAAAAAGAAAAGGAGGUGACAGGCACUGAGACCACUGAAGGGAUCCCAUGGCUAGGAUCAGUUUUUCCUACCUCUGCCCAGCCUCCUGGUACUUCACUGUGCCCACAGUGAGCCCAUUUCCACGUCAGCGGUUGGCAUUCCUAGGACUUUUCUUCAUAUCCUGUCUCCUUUUACUUAUGUUAAUCAUGGACUUUCGACGUUGGGGUGCUUCAUUACCAGGAGAUAGGCAAUAUGAAAGGUAUUUGGCUCGAGUAGGGGAGCUUGAAGCAACUGACACUGAAGACCUGACUCUAAAUUAUGGCCUUGUUGUGGACUGUGGCAGCAGUGGCUCCCGGAUUUUUGUUUAUUUCUGGCCAAGACAUAAUGGCAACCCCCAUGAUUUGCUGGACAUCAAACAGAUGAGAGACCGCAACAGCCAACCAGUCGUUAAAAAAAUUAAGCCAGGAAUCUCUGCAAUGGCAGACACCCCAGAACAUGCCAGUGAUUACCUUCGUCCUCUGCUGAGCUUUGCUGCUGCCCAUGUGCCUGUGAAGAAGCACAAGGAGACACCCCUUUACAUCCUAUGCACAGCAGGCAUGCGGCUUCUCCCUGAGAGAAAGCAGCUGGCCAUCUUGGCUGAUCUAGUGAGAGAUUUACCGCUGGAGUUUGACUUCCUCUUUUCCCAGUCUCAGGCAGAAGUGAUCUCUGGGAAGCAGGAAGGAGUUUAUGCAUGGAUUGGAAUCAACUUUGUUUUGGGAAGAUUCGACCAUGAGGAUGAAUCUGAUGCCGAGGCUCCCCAGGAAUUGGCAGCAGGGCGCAGAAGGACAGUAGGGAUACUGGAUAUGGGAGGAGCCUCUCUUCAAAUUGCUUAUGAAGUUCCUACCUCAACCUCUGUCCUUCCUCCAAAACAGGAAGAAGCAGCAAAGAUCCUGUUGGCUGAAUUCAACCUGGGCUGUGAUGUGCAACAUACUGAACACGUGUAUAGGGUUUAUGUCACGACCUUUCUGGGUUUUGGGGGCAACUUUGCCCGGCAGCGCUAUGAAGACCUUGUGCUGAAUGAAACCCUUACCAAAAAUAGGUUGCUGGGCCAGAAGACUGGUCUGAGUCCAGACAAUCCAUUUCUGGAUCCCUGCCUGCCUGUGGGCCUCACAGAUGUGGUGGAGAGGAACAGCCAGGUGCUGCACAUCCGAGGAAGAGGAGACUGGGCCUCUUGUGGGGCGAUGCUGAGCCCCCUGCUGGCUCGCUCCAACACCAGCCAGGCCUCGCUGAAUGGCAUCUACCAGUCGCCAAUUGACUUCAACAACAGCGAGUUCUAUGGUUUCUCUGAGUUUUUUUACUGUACAGAGGAUGUGUUACGCAUUGGUGGCCACUAUCACGGGCCAACGUUUGCCAAGGCUGCCCAGGAUUACUGUGGCAUGGCCUGGUCAGUACUAACUCAGAGAUUCAAGAAUGGCCUCUUUUCAUCACAUGCAGAUGAGCAUCGACUCAAAUAUCAGUGUUUUAAAUCGGCUUGGAUGUACCAAGUCCUUCAUGAAGGAUUCCACUUUCCCUAUGACUACCCGCACCUGCAGACAGCCCAGCUGGUAUAUGACCGAGAGGUUCAGUGGACACUGGGAGCCAUUCUGUAUAAAACACGAUUCUUACCACUCAGGGAUCUGCGGCAAGAAGGUGUUCGGCAGGCCCAUGGCGGCUGGUUCCGCCUCUCCUUUGUCUACAACCACUAUCUCUUCUUCGCCUGUAUCCUGGUGGUGCUACUGGCCAUCAUCCUGUACCUUCUGCGGCUACGCCGAAUUCACCACCGACAAACUCGAACCUCGGCUCCACUGGACUUGCUGUGGAUUGAGGAGGUGGUGCCCAUGAUUGGGGUACAGGUAGGGCCGUGAGGCCGGACAAGGACUUGGGGAGCUUGAAUACCCCAGAGUUGCUGCCCAUUGAAUUCCACCACUUUCUUGUACUGGCCUCAGAUGCUGCUCUGCCUGACCUUGGGAUAUUUGGCCUUGGAAUUUCUACCUUAAUAUCUACUUUAAUUCCUUUUCAAUAUCUAGGUCCUCUUCUCUGGGAGAAGCUGUAAUUUAGUCUGUGAAGAACUAAAUAAUGAGAGUUUGGUGCUAACAAAGAGGACCAACCUUAAUCCAGUUGAAGCAUGCUCCUACCCCUUUAUCCAAAAGGUCUGGUGUGGUCCUGGCAUCUAGAUUUUUCUCCCCUUGCUAAAGCAUGAAGUUUGGCAUUGGGCAAACUGGAAGCCUGGUUAUAACCAAACUGGAGCAUCUGAUAACAAAGCCGAAGACAUUCCAGCAAGUGCAGCAGCCACUUCUUUCUCUGUAACAGAGAUAUCAUUUAUGUGGACAUCCACACCCUUUAGUAGGGAUCCAAGAUAUUUGCAUUUCAGUGGAACAGACAUGAACUUCCAGGCAAACAAAACAUAGUUUCUUUGCUUACUUGACAAAGAAGUCAUUAUGAGUGUGGUCCAAUAUCCCUGACAUAAUGUUGCUGAUGUUAAUUAAUUAGCAUGUGAUUUUAAAAGGUUAGAAUCCCUUCUAAGUGAAUGAUCAAAGACUUUGACAGUAUCUUAUGUAAUACCUGGUGUGACCAGGAUAGAAAAUGUUUCUGUGUCUAUGUGCUUCACUGGCUGUUUGGGCAUUAAUUUUUCUUUUUGAGCCUUAAGUGUGUUUGUAGGAUGGAGAAACUGAUGGGAUUGGAGAUCUGGAUUUGUCUGGUUUUAAGUCACUGUCUCUAGGCCUAUUUUUAUGAGCCCCUUUACAAGAAAAUAUAAAAAGAGUUCCUUUAUUUCACUAAGAUCAAUACAUAGUUUAAUACAUAGUUUGGGAAGGCAUAUAUUUGGGUUGUUUUUAAAGAAGGAAAGAACAGUAUCAGGAGAGUGGGCAAAGGCAAUAAAACCCAGGCUCUUAUUUAUUAAUGUUUUCCUGAGAAAUAGAAAUUUUCUUAAUAUGACUCUUGGAAUGUCUGAAAAGAAGCAAAUUCUAAACUUAGGAAUACAUAGGUAAAUCUGUUAAUAAGCCACCUGGCAACUUUCAGAACCUUUGUUAAGAGAUUGCUCAGUCGUAGAGUGCAUUUCCAUUAAUGAGGAGAGAGAAAAGCCCUAUGAUUACAUUUCAUCCAUUGCCCUUCAGGAGCCCCGUUCCUCUCCUACAUGUAGCCUUUAACCUGCACCUUCCCCAGUGGGAUCGUCCUCAUGCUUUAUCCUUUGCUACAUGUAGCCUUGAAUGUCCCUCCCAAGAAUAUGCUCCCAGACUUGCAGUAGCUUUGUUUUCCUUUUUGUCACUUUAUUUUUAGGGCUGACUUUAAUGGGGAAAAAAGCAGAAUUAUUAAAACAUAAAUUCCAUAGUGGGAUCAGAAAGGAAUUAAAUGCUUCAUAAAACAGAGAAAAAUCAAGAUCCUCCUAGAAAUAAACUGAGAUGAAAAUAAGUAUACUCUUAGUUGGUAGGUGAAAAGAUAUGAGUCUUAAAUUGUUUUCAAAUUAGAUAAAAAUGGAUCUAGCAAAGGGUCUUAUAGCUCCCUCUGGAAAUAUUUUUACUUUUCAUUAGGGCUUUAUGUCACAGCAAUUUCCUUUACUCUUUAAGACUUCUAAAUUGCGUUGAUUUUCUUUGACUUCUUACCUUUGUAUCACUGUGAGUGAACCUUCGCCAUAUGAGUGCUGCUUAUAAAUAAUGUCAGAAUAUGUUUUUUGCUAGCCAGUGCCUCCUCAGGUACUCUUUCUUUUUCCCUCAUCUUGGUUUCCAAAUACUAUUUUUGGUUUUCUUGUGAGAUCUGGUCAGUGAUCUGGUCAAAAGCUACCUAAUUGGCUAUUAGUGAUCACAUUCGUGUGCUCGAAAUGAAGCUGAAGCAAGGAGGAGGUGAUGAAUCCAGUUUGAAAGCUCUUAUUAAUGAAGUUAUUCUUCUUCCUGGUUAUAAUAAUGAUAGCUGCCAUUUGUUAAGCAUUUACUGUGUACCACACACUCUUAAGAAUUUUAUGUAUAUUAUUUAAUCAUUAUGACAGCCUUUCAGAUGGGUAUUACUUUUUUGUGUUCUUUUUAUAAUUGAGAAACUCAGGAUAUCCUAUGCUUAUCAUUUUUUCAGUGUAAAUGUAUUUCUUAUUCUUAAUUUAUUUUAAUUAGUUCUUGAGUUUUUGUUUAGUGUAUUACAUCCUGUUUAUUAUUUUAAUAUUAUAGGAUCUAGGCUUGUCUUUGUUACUGUAUGACUUUUCAGAGUUCCAUGGUAUAAAUAUAAGAAGGACAAAUUUUUAUCAUAUUCCUCAGAAAAACUGAGUAUUUCCUGUCGGUGUUGGUUUCUGUUCUUCUUUCAUUGCUCCCAAUUAACAGUUUUAAAUGAAAUCUCAUUAGCUAGAGACAGAAGCCAUUUAUUCUUUGAAGGCCAAUUACUUAUAUUGCUUUCUCAUAAUCGUCUUGCAAAUGGAAUCAAUCUUGUCUUUAACCCUCUUUAAAGAUUUUUUAAGAUUUUUUUAAAGAUCUGUGUUUGUAUUUCUGCAUUUUCAAUGGUUUCCCUGUGAAGAUACGAUUUCAUUUAAAUUCACAUCCCAGCAGUUCCUUUGAAUCUUACCAACCAGUCUUCUUGAUAACAGCAAAAUGAAUGCAAAUGGUUGUAGUACUUUUAUCAUUAGUGAGACAGGCCACAAAUGUCAAAAUCAGAGUCAGUGGCUGAUAGGAUGUGAUGCUUUAUUAGUCUUACGAUGAUGGCACAACCCAUCACUUUUCUCUGAAUUCUUGUCACUAGGACAUAAUGAAAAUAUGUAUCGUACCUACGUAUAUGGCAUUACGUUGAUUUAAGUUGCAGUUAACUCUAGGCAAAAUUAUACCAUCUUUGUCUCUGUACAUUAGCUCCUUGGAUUGAUUUUCCUUGGUGUAGGGAAUUUAGUCACUUUCCAACAACCUUGUCUUAAUCUUUCAUGUUAUCCAAAGCAUUCUGCCUCCCCUUCCCUCAGCCUGACAGCUUUCUUUACCUUCAAAGGCCUUGGGCAGUGAUUAUUAAAAUGUGGUUGAUUGAGUCUGUCAUGCACUUGCUAAGCUGAUCUUUUCAGGUAUUAACAUUUAGUAUCACAUCUAUAUUUGUUGUUGUAUAGCUGACACAAAACAUUGUAUUAGCUUCAGGUGUACAACACAAUGACUUGAUAUUUGUAUACACUACAAAAUGAUCACCACAAUGAGUCUAGUUUCCUCCUGUCACCAUAUAAAGUUAACUAACAUGCAACUUGGUGUUAUUGAUUCUAGUCACCAUGCUGAACAUUACAUCCCAUGAUAUGACUUGUUUAUUUUAUGACCCCCUUCUUCUGUCUUGCCCACCCUCCCUGCUCCCCCGCUCUGGCAACCACCAGUCUGUUCUCUGCAUCUGUGAGUUUUGUUGUUUCU